CUUUCCUUUUUUCAUAUUGAUUUUCCGCGCAAGUCUAUUGAUUGCGAUUCGCAUCUACGCUGUGAAAACUUCGGUUUUCGUCGAGUGACACACCGUCAGCUGAUGCGUUUACGCUUUUGAGACACUCCGAGUCCCGUAUUUCGACUGAAAAAAUGGCGUUUAUGAGCGAGAAACUUGGGGCCAUGUUCCAGCGGCCCCAGGACGAGAACAGGGACGACGUACCCUGGUACAUGCGAUACGGCGCCAGAGCCCUCGGCACCGUCGGAGGAGGACUUGCAAUUUUCCUUGGCUUGUGGAAUUGCCUGGGCAUCAUGUUGGCCGACGUCGGGUGUCUCCUGGGAGGAAUCUGGCAAAUGCUUGCCGGUUUCGUGGCGAUCACGAUAGAAGCGCCUUGUUGCUGCAUGUUCAUCGAACACGUACAAACCCUGAGCAACUUGGCUGAAAGCCGACCCUACUGGAACCGAGCCGCCCUUUAUUGCGGCAUCGCCAUUCCCGGAGUCCUGUUUUGCUUCGGACUGGGAAGUCUGUUCGGCAGUGGCCUCAUCUUUGCCACUGGAGUCAUGUACGGCAUGAUGGGACUGGGAAAGAAAGCCUCACGAGACGAGAUGAGAGCAGCCGCGACAGCCGCCGGCACGAACCAGGCGCCCCUGCCAACAAAUCCUAGCUCCACCCUGAAAGCUGACCUGGUGAGCAACGCGCAGCCGAUGGCCCACAGCACGGCACCUUUCCCUGGCGUCUGACCUCGGACUCGGUAGAUUGAUUGCUCAUGCUCUCAUCGAAUCGGACUAGACUUCGACAUGUUUCAUGUGUUCCCUUUUAUUGUGCACUGAGCAUCUGAGUUGCUUUCACUCACACCCUUCACUGAAAAACAAAAUCCUUUACGAAGCUCAAUGCUUUGCUGUUUUAUCCUCUGUCGAUCAUGUAUUCAAGCAAAACUAUUUUUUGUUCGGCUGACGUUUUAGAAACUCUGCGGCCAAAUUUGCACCAAGUUCCCUUUUUCCUCUUUGUUCAACUUGGGGAAAGAGGGAUUAUCAUGAUUUAUUUUCCCAGCUUCUCUCUCUGACCAGGGAAUUUUGAAUUUGUUUUGUAGUACCUUUGAUGCAGCUACACCGUCUUUUUGUUGCUUAUUUUUAUAUUCAGUGCAAUGAAUGAAUGUCAAUUUGCCGCGAAAUGUAUUAAAUAUAAUUAUAUAUAAUCCAAUAAGAACUUCACAGUCAACACGAAGGGAAAACAACUACUGUGUGGCACAUCAUGUUAAACAAAAAAUAUCAGAUAAUAUCAAGCAUUAUAGACAAAAAAAAAAAUUGCAGAAACUGCAAUAAUAUGAAUGUUAAGCUGCCUGACGAGCUCGGAGACUUUUCCCCCUGAUUCCCCUCGAAGCAAUAAGUUAGAAUUCGUUGGUUUAGUUCUUGAAGAACGAGUUUCAAAGUAGCGAGCGCCGCCAGGCAGUGAUCAGAAAUGUUUCAAACUCUCUAAGUGUCAUGUCAAAAUUAAACCAUUAUCAUAAACUAGCAUCUAGGGGUUGUUUAAUGUUGAGGGCAGUUCUAGAAGGGUCUGCCCACUAGAGUACGUCUGAAUAUCACCCAAGUUAACGAUUUCCCGAGUUGAGAAAGAAAGUUUGUCUGAUGAGUUUAUCAAAAACACGGA